AUGAAAAACUGCAAACAUUUGUUGACUGUCAACUUCUGGCAGACGAUAAAUAAAUUAUUUUCUCAUUUGAGUUAGCUGCAACAAAUAUAUCUCAGAUUUAGUUGUUUUAAUUCAUAAUUUUUACCGAUUAUUUAAAGACGUAAGUUGUAAUUUUUAAUUACAACAGGUUCCGUAUUGGGGAACCUGAACCCGAACGACGUGUUUCGCCUCUUGUGAUUUCCAACUUCAGCUUUCCCGUUUACCAGUGGGGGAGCUCUCGAUUGAGAUAAAACGCAAGUCACCAAGUGCGGAGAAAGAGUGCGCACAGAGUUGUGGGUGGAGCAUGCUGAGCCUGUUCUGAAUCGCAGCCGCAUCCUGGGUGCUCGGAGAGUGAUCGCGUUCCCUUUGUGCACAGUGAAGGAACUCAGCGGAGACAUGGAGGAGGGCGAGGAGGCGCCCGUGUCGGAGCACUCGGCGGAGGCGUCCACCUCGUCGACGAACGAGGGCCCGCCGCACUGGGAGUCCACGCACAGCAUCACCACCAGCAGCGACCGCGACAGUCCGCAUCCCGAGCGACGCCGUUCCGCGCGUCUCCACCAGCCAGGACGGACCACGCCAGCCACCGCACACUCUGCUGAUACGGAAGACGAUGAGCGAACCGCUUCGGAGCUGGAGGCCGGGAAGUCGGGAACAACGUCGCCGGCGUCGAAACGAACGACCAAAGGAAAGCUAGAGUACGGCAUGAAAUAUCCGCUCGUGCCGGAGCGCCAGCUAAAUCCUGAUCUAAACAUGCUAUGGGACGCCUUCUGCUGGCGCUGCCACAAAGCCAUCCCGCUGAAGGAGCAGCGGGGCUGUCCGAAAUGCGUGCGGGUCUUCCACCGCGCGUGCUGGUGGAAUCUGAACCCCAGCAGCAGCCGAGAUCUCCCCAUGGACACCCACCCGCUCAGUGCACCCCACAACAACCCCAACACCCAGUCGCAGGACGAGUUAGCGCCCGACAACAAAUUGUCGGAAUGCCUCGAUUGCUACUGCAUUAUGGAUGAGUCGAGGAGAGCGGACAGCGCGUUCAAUCGUGUCGGCAUGACCAAAUUUAAGAGUUAUCUGUCCCACAUGAUGCGCUUUGUUAAUGAACAUCUUCCGGAGGAUCGUGUACGGCCGUUCGCUAUUCCUGUGAUUCAGCAGGAGGAGUGUUCCGAUGAAGUGAAGGAGAAAUACCAGGAACUCAUAACGCAUCCCAUGGAUUUACGCCAGAUAGCUAAUAAUAUCGAAGACAACAAGUAUCAGACAUGUACCAGCUUCCUGGCUGAUCUGAAAUGGGUGCAGCAUAAUACCUCCAUCUUCAACGGACAAAAUAGCCGCUAUACGCAUUCGGCUCACUAUAUCGUGGAGACGUGCCAGAACUUGUGCUACAGUCUGGAAUGGUGUAUGGAGUGCUUCGAGCGCGGCAUGCCGCGGCCUGGCGAGACCAUCCAGCACGCCAUCGAACGUGCCAUGAUUCAGCCCUGUUCUGAUCCGCACGCCGUUGUAUGGGUGAAGGCGGAGAAGUAUCCCAUUUGGCCGGCCAUAGUCUACCGCUUCAACGGAACGCUGGCCGAUGUCCGCUUCUUCGGUGCCUUUGAAUUUGGCGUCUUCCCAAAGGACGCAAUUUUUAUGUACACAAAUAAGUUCAGCAAAGGAAAACAGAAGGGCAAGGUCAAGCUAGAGUACGAAAAUGCACUUGCGCAAUUUCGAAAGCAUGUAGCCAAACUGCAACGGAUUCCCGAUAAGCAGCUGAUCGCCCAUCCCAAGAACACACCGUUUGACGGGCGUCUGCGCAUGUUCUCCGACAACGACGUGGACGCCGACAUUCCACCUCCGCUGGUCUCCGCUGAGGUGCCGACAGUGCCCCCCGCGGUGGCCCCCGUAGUGGCUGAGAGAGAAUCUUUGGAGAAGUCCUUUUCGGAGUUUCCCCCAAUGCUUCAAAUCGACGAGACGCCGGAAGAGCGGACAGAUAAACGGGAUCGGGAUCGCUCCAAAUCCCCUUCCACAGAACCGCUUUCACAAAACACCGGCUAUAAACGAAUUCGUUUGAUUGAGCCCAGAGAACCCUCACCCGCACCGGAAACACCUAUAAAGGAGACGGUGGCUGAAAUUCAUGCGCCGGAACCCGUAGUAGCCUCUCCCGAGCCAGGGAUUCCGGAACCCACAAGCGAAGUGUCGUCGUUGUUCCCAGCCAGCCCGGAACUGACGGAGGUGAUCAACUCCAAGAACCGUCGCAAACGACAGCCACUGCGGGUCCCGCGAGCGGACGAAGCGGUAAGUAACGUGGAAAGCUCGGUGGAGACGCAGCCGUCUCUGCUGCACAAUGAGGUGUCUUCGGCAGUUGCGGGGAGCAGUGAUAAUGCUUUUGAACCACUCGAUGUUGCCGAGGAAUCCGACAGAAACAAACCGGCCCAACUGGAAGCGGAUGUGGAAAUGGAGAUGCCGUCUUUCGAGAUGCCGGAGGACGGGCAGGAUGUGCGCACUCGCUCGGCGGGUAAAUUAGAUUCCAUUAUGAAGCGACCGACCAGCAGUCCGGCCAAAGAAGCCACGGUGACCGUGCCGGACAGUGUCCGCGCCGUCCCCAAGGGCGGGAUGCCACCGCGUCCUAUGGGGGCCCUGGCGCACGAGUUGAGCAAGGCCACGCUGCCCGCGCAGUCACGAUCAGUGUUAAAUGAUGCCCAGCGGUCGCAAGGCGGACCACAGCAAGACUUAUUGAGGAAGGCCGCCCGGAAGGGCUUUCCCUCUAUGGCUGCCGGCUCCAGUCAGUCGUCUUACUUAAUUGACGCGUUGCAGUCGCGCUCCUCGCCACGCCCCCUCCCGUCCAGUGCCGUUUCUUUGGGAUCUUUUUCUGAUACACCUCCAACCGACAGGCUCAGUGCCUCAGCGGUGAGCGACGCAGACAGCGUGCAGAUCAUCCCCGCUGACAGUGCCGCUGAGACAGACAGCCGUUCACGGACUAGCGGCAAUUUUGGACAAGAAACACUAGGAAGUCUGCUUGCCGCGGGAACACCCGCCGGCGGCACGGGACGCAGCGACAGCGGAGGUAUAUUCAGCCGUAUGGUGCAGACGACAGACGCACAUGCGGUCUACGCGAGCCAUCGCGGUAUAGAUGUUCGCAGCCAGAUGGAAGUGCGGGCUAGGAUGGGUAACUCGAGCGGCACAUUGCGCUUCACCCCGUCCAGAAAUUCUUUUAGCGAGAAAACCAUUCGUUCAACAGAUAAUGCGGAUCAGAACGUGCAGAAGCCAAUUCUGACUCGCUCGCUAAACAGUCCGACGAUGGCGGGCAUCGGACGCUUUGCCACUCCGCCGUCGUCUACUGUGCUGAACGGCAGCUUGGCUCGGGCCUCACCCGUACCGCUGACCGGUCUCAACGGGGACCGGAUGUCGCCGGCGUUACCCUCUAGCAACCUCCUACGCAGCAAUCCCACCUGGAAUCCAAACACUGCCGCCGAGCGCACCGCGGCGACAGCCAGCGGCCCCAACGCUAACCGCGUGCCCGGACAAGCUGAUACGGCGCAGCUGCAAGUGGAGUUGUUCUUACGAAAUACGAAGAAGAAUAUUCGGGAGAGAAAAGCAGACGGGACACAAGCGUUGCGCGACAUGGCGCAGAUGCACUCGGAUGCAUACCGUGCUCUGCAGGAAAGCCAGGCGCGCAGCCAGUCGGCGGUGGAUAAGAUGCUGCAGGAUAUGCAAGAGACAAUGGAGCAGAACGUGAAGAAAUUCGAGAUCCUGUUCGCCGUGUACCAGAGCGAAACGGAUUUCGCACAAAAGUCGAAGGUUCAGGAAGUGACGCGCAUGAAGGACAUAGAGCGUCAGCGCGCCAUUACGGCGGCCAAGAGGACGUUAUGGUGCUGCGUGUGCCUGAAGACCGCCAAACUGUUGUGCUGCGGCGUGACGACAUAUUGCAGCGAGGAGUGCCAGCGGAAGAACGCGCCCCUCCACAGCAUGCACUGCCGACGCAGUGCCGCUGCCGGGGCGCUGGCUAAGGCGGAAGCGGAACAAGAGGCCAGUGUGUAUACCCCUUUUGGGCCCCUGACGCGCUGCGCCCACGUGUCGCGCGUCGACAGUCCUGUGGAGUUAGAGGAAGACGCCGCGCUGGACGCCAACAACGGCUGGGCGGCUGACGGGGAGGGAGCGUUGGUUGUGGAUGACAGUGUGCAGGACUGACGCUUCCGCACAGUUGUUUGACUUCCUGUUUCUUCUGAGGACCUUAGAUCACCAUGGGAUUGCCCGCUUUUGUGGCACAACGGUUUUUCGGUUCACACAUUUUUAUAGCCGUUCUUUUCAAAAAGCACGAUUUGUGGACUGGAUUAUGUUAGCCUGUUGGCUACUCUUGCUUGGCUGAUUGUGAGGACGAUGUAACUCUGACGGCAGUGAAUGCAGUUUCAACUCAAUUAGGGCUGUGGGGUGUCGAGAAUUGCAACUGUACUAUGUGUUUUCUCUCUCUUUCGACGUUUCCGCUUGCCUGUUCUGUUUGCUUGGCAUGAGUUUGUAGACUGGAGACAUCAUCAUCCGUGCGCCUUUUAGGCCGGCAGAUGACCACUGAUUUACUCAGUGCUGCAGUAAAUUUUACAGAAAUCUAUUUCCAGUGAUUUGUUUGGUCGUCAUCCCAU